GCUGCACGGACGGCAGCAGCAGCAGUGGCAGUAGAAAGACGCAGAAAAAAAAGUGAAAUCGAUUAAUAAGCGCAAUAGGCAGCAGCAGCAGCAACAACAAGACUUAGUGGAAAACAAAUAAAAAGCAAGGAGCAGAGUUUAAAGUUAUACACGGGCGAAGGAAAAAAUCGCAACAGAGAUUUAAUUUUAAUGUCGCAGUUAAUUUGUGUGCUAGCAAGAAGCAGCAGCAACGGCAAAAACAACAACGACAACAGCACCAGCAGCAGCAGCUGAGGCAAAAGCUGAACGCAAAACAGAAAACAGAAAACAAAAAACGAAAACGUACAGCAAAGAAAAGCAAAGAACGUACGACGCAGCCGUCGCAGCCAGCCUCUCUGCUGUGUGCGUGUGUGUGUGAGUGUGCGUGGGUGCGAGCGAGGCAGCAGCAGCAAUAGCAACAGCAACAACAAAGCAGAACAGCAACGACGACGUCGACAACAACCUCAGCGACGGGCUGUUGUCGUUCUUUUUAUUUUCGUUGGUGUUGUUUCUUUUUGACACAAUUCAAACAAACUCGAGCGCAAGCGGGAGCUUUGCACUUAAAGUUUGUUUCUAAGCUCGACUUUGUGUUUGCAGCUGCAGCGCUUGUGUGUGUUUGUGUGUGUGGGCGUCAACAGUCACUGGCAGUGGGCAGCUCCAAGAAGAACGCAAGACGCAGUUUUUUUUUGUUGCCAGCCAAAAACUAAAUCAAUUUACUGUUGCUGCUGCUGCCGACUACAACAACAACAACAACAAGAAGAACGAAUAGCCCGAACACACAACAAAGCAGAAAAGGAGAAAAACAACAAGAAGAAGAAAGCAGCACAGCAAUAGCAACGACAACAGCUGAAAACAUAUGAUUUUUGUUUUUGUGCGCCCUGCGCUGCCCCUUCUACUGUGUCCGCAGUCAUAAACACAACAACAGCAGCAGAAAAGCAAAAAAAAAAAAAAAAUAAAAGAAAAGGUGAGCAGUGGAACGUCCGGAACUGGAACGAGGAAGCUUGCAUUGUUGUUGCUGCUGCUGUUGCUGCUGCUGCUGCUGUCCACCAAUUCUCAACUGCUUCUUGACGUCGUAACAACAACGCCAGCAGAAGAAGCAGCGUCAAGUGUUGACAACAGCUGGCAGUAAGACACAAACGGAGGCUGCAGCGGCAGCGCAGUUGCCACACAGACAGACAGCCUGUCACCGUCAUCAUCUCCCAUCUGCAUCUCCCAUCCUCCUCCAGCCGAGCGAGCGAACAAGCGGGCAACUUAACGAAACUCUCUCUUCGCACACUCAAGCACUUUGAUUGAACGAAGCAGCUGAGACGGGCGGCAGCCGUCGCUCCUGCGCUUAGGGCAAGGCGAUCUCACGUAUAAUAUGUCCGCGGACUCGCCACGCCGCCAUCACAGCCAUCAUCAUCAUCAUCAUCAUUCUGUUGGCGUUGGCGGGGGCGGCGGUAUCGGUGUGCGCGGCGGCAUGACCAUGCCGGCAAUAGUCCCGCCACAGACAGUCAGCGAUCGCUCCAUAUUGGACUCGGCCAUUGGGUUUAUCAAUGAUGUGACGCUGGUGCAUCAGCCGGUGCAGGAUCCCAAGGAUACCAUCACCUGGGCCCGUUUCGAGACGAGCGCCGAUGUGAGCGAUCCGCGCUUUGGCGAUGACUGGGAACUGGAGGGCAAUGCGGCACCACCAUUGCUGCUCAUCCUCGGCUACGGCCUCGGCGUUCAGGUGUGGGCCAUACCCGCCAACGGUGAGGCUGUCGAAGUGUUAUCCUGGCGACAUGGCGUUGUCACCGCACUUCGUGUUCUACCCACGCCGGCAACUGCGACCACCGCACUCGAUGACAAUGGACGCGCCGAUGAGCCAGUCGAUGCCUUUGCCGAGAAGCGGCCACUUGUGGCCCUCGUCGAUGGCGGCAGCGCUGCAGCCAGCAGUCUACUUACCGGCGGCGGUGGCGGCGGAGGUCACAUCUCUGGCGGCGGCAUGGGCUCGGCGGGCGGCGGCAUUGGCAAUACCUCGGCCGGCUCCUCGCACUUCAGUGCCGUCAAUUUCGUCUCUUUGAAGACGGGCGCCCAGGUGAAGACCAUCAAAUUCAAGAAUGCCGUGCUGGACAUUCAAGCCAAUCGCUCGGCGGUGGUCAUAAGCUUCCACGAGCGUCUGGCGGUGUUUGAUGCCCGCACACUGGAGGAUCGCCUAACUAUAACCACCUGCUUUCCCAGUCCAGGCAUCAACCCGAAUCCCAUAGCGCUCGGUCCACGCUGGCUGGCGUAUGCGGAGCACAAGCUGCUCCAUUCGAAGCGCAGCGGGGGCGGCUGCGAUGGCGAGGGUGUGCCCAGCUAUACGGCAACGGUGCUAAAUGCGGCCAAAUCCUUUGGCAAGGGUCUGCGCGAGCUGGGCGAACAGGUCGCCGCCGGCUUGACCGGCACCACUGCCGGCAGCGGCAACAGCUCCAAGAGCAGCAGCUUCGACUCGGCGACAGGCGGCGCCGAUGCCAAGCAAUCGGGCGUGGUCACCAUUAUAGAUGUGAAGCAUCCCAUUAAGGAUUAUAGUCCGACGACGGGCGCGCCGCUCGGCUUGACGGGCGCCCAUGCGGGCGGGGAUCCAAUUGUUGCCCACUUUGUGGCGCACAGCGAGGCGCUGGUGGCCAUGGACUUCGAUAGCUCUGGCAUGCUGCUGCUCACAGCGGAUCGACGUGGCCAUGAUUUCCAUGUGUUUCGCAUACAGCCGCAUCCGGUGGGCUCCAGUUUGGCUGCCGUGCAUCAUCUGUAUGUGCUGCAUCGCGGCGAUACCAGCGCCAAGGUGCAGCAUAUUGCCUUCUCGCUGGACUCACGCUGGGCAGCCGUUUCCACGCUCCGCGGCACCACCCAUGUCUUCCCCAUAACGCCCUACGGCGGCGCCAUGGGCGUUCGCACCCACACCUCACUGCAUGUGGUCAAUAAGCUGUCGCGUUUCCAUCGCAGCGCCGGCCUGGGCGCCGACGGGCGCUCCAGCUCGCCCAUAUCGCACUCGGAGAGCACCACGUUUGUGCAGUCGCUGCAGCCGUAUCAUAAUCCCACAUUGCCGCCAUUUCCACGACCCGCUGUUGUCCAGCCGCUGGCACAGCUGCGCCAGCCGUUUGUCCUGGGCUCGCCGCCAGGCAGCGCCACGCUGGGCGGCGUCAGCGGUGGGUCGGGCAGCAGCAGCUCGGGCGGCGGCGUUGGCUCGCAUCAUCAGCGUCAGCGUUUGUCCUCGCUAUCGGAUGAUUGCGGUAAACCGUUGAGCGUUUGCGCCACCUUUGCCAAGUCGCGCUCCUGGCUGCUGGAGCCGCCGACGGCGACGCGCGAGGCGCCGCAUCGCGUCCAGCGCAAGGCAGUCGAUUCGCUCUUCGUUAUGGCCGGCCAUGGAGCGCUCAUACAGUACGAUCUGGACACGAAGUUAGCCUCAAAUGUUGCCAAAGAGAAGAUUUGUGAUGAUACGCCCAUUGAGUUGGAGGUGGAGGCCAAGGCGCAGUGGAAUCUGGGCCGACGCAAGGAUGGAUCUCAAGAAAUAAUACCACCGCUAGCGCUGGACAAUUGGCUGAUCAAAGAUCGACAUGCCAGCCUGCUGAUGGACAGCGCCCAUCAGUUCGAUGAGCCCGACGAGCGCGCCGAGAGCUGGUUGGCCCAGGUCGAGAUUAUCACGCACGCCGGUCCACAUCGCCGGCUCUGGAUGGGGCCGCAGUUUGUUUUCAAGAACUAUAAUACGCCCAGCGGCUCCAAUUUGAACCACGUGGACGCGGAGGCCGUGGAAAUAGGCGUUACCAAGGCGACAAGCACAACGUUGCCGUCAACGGCAGCCGCUGCAUCGGCUGCCUCAUUGACGCCCAGCGGUGCCAUCAUUGCCGCCGUGGAGCGUUCCAGUCCAUUGAACAUGCCGCUGGGCGCAGCGGCCGGGCUGGGUGCCACUGUCGCUCCCACUGGACGCGCCGGUGUGCCCGUGCUCAUCGAAUCCGGUUCAUAUAGCAGCAUUGAGCAGAGCCCCAAACUGAUGGAUCGCUUUCGUCACGGGCACUUGGACUCGGAUUAUGGGCACGGCGAUAUGCGCCUAAAGGAGGAUCUGGCCGAUGCCAUGCGGGAGUCGCCCUCAACGGCGGCAGCACGUCGCGAGAUCGGCCUAGCGCAGCGCGUCGCCAAUGUUGCCACCGAGGCGGCAACAACAGCAGCAGCAGCAGCAGCGGCAGCAACAGUUGCCACGGCAACAGGCACAGCUGGCGACAAUGCCUGCUACUACGAUGCGCUCGCGGAGCACGAGGCGGACGGAGAUGAGGAGUCGCCAGCAGGACACCUGCACCAGGAGCUGGCACACAGCGCGGCCGCCAUUUCCGCGCUGGCCAGCGCGCUGCCCAACAUAUGCAGCUACGAGGUGACCGCAGCGGGAGCAACAAAACCAGCAGCGGCAGCAGCUGUUGCGUCAACAACGCCGCGCAUUGAGAAAAUCGUGAAUCCGCUGGGCACCGUUACGGAUGUGCAUGCGGGCAUCAGCGGGGAGCUGCAAACGGAUAUGCUGGACGAGGUGGUCGGGCAGCUGGCGGCGGAGGAUUGUGUCAUACACGAGAACUGCGAUGAGGCGCUCUUUCGGCCCGUGGUUGCCAUAUUCUGUGAUGAGCUCGCCGAGCAGCGACGCCACGAGCAGCAGCUCCAGCGGCAGCGCGAACAGCAGGCGGAGGCAGCCUCGGCCGCCAGCCAUGGUCAGCAGCAUCAGCAGCAGCUGGACGACCACAACAAGCCGCCCGUGGUGCUGGCCAACAAGCUGAUCGUGCCCGUCAUAGCCAAGGAAAUGGACGAGGUGAUCACGCAAAAGGAGAGGCAACAGAAAUCAUUGAAAUCUCAAGCGGCUGCCGAGGAUGCGGCACAGGCGCUGCGCUUUGCCGAGCUCUCACAUCUCAAUAAGCCGGCGAAGGGCAACAGCAAAGCGACAACAACUGCCGGCCAGCUGAAGCCAACAACAACAGCAACAACAACAGCAACAACAGCAACAACAACAA